GGAAGUCUAAACCUUCUACAGAUUUGAGGCCAUGAAAGAAGCAUCUCUGAAGAAAUUUUGUAGAGCACAAAACGGGAUUUAUGGAGUUAAACAACUACUCUUAAAUUUAAUUAAACUAUGACACCAGAAAAUUCCCAUCCAGAAGAAUACAGGAUUGCAUCACUGGUCUUCUACAGCUUUGUGUUCACAGUGGGAUUGUUGGUGAAUGCCACUGCACUAUGGGUGUUCAGCUGCACUACCAAGAAGAGAACAACUAUAACUGUAUAUAUGAUGAAUGUCGCAUUACUUGACCUGUUCUUUAUAUUUUCCUUGCCUUUUCGGAUAACCUACCACGGGACAGAAACAUGGCCUUUUGGAGAUACAUUCUGUCGGAUCCUCGGGGCUUUCACUGUGUUUUAUCCAGCCAUUGCUCUGUGGCUGCUCACUUUUAUCAGCGUAGACAGAUUUAUGGCUAUUGUCCAGCCCAAACAUGUCAAAGAACUAAAAAAUACAAAAAAAGCUGUGCUGGCUUGCACUGGAAUCUGGAUAAUGACCCUCUCAACAACAUCCCCAUUGGUGUUUUUACGGUCUGAUCCAGAUCAAGCCUCAAAUUUCACCACCUGCAUGAAAAUGCUCGAUAUCAUCCAUUUAAAGGAAGUAAAUACACUGAAUUUUUGUCGCUUGAUUUUUUUCUUUUUGAUCCCCUUGUUUAUCAUGAUGGGGUGUUACCUAGUCAUUAUUUAUAAUUUUAUUCACGGCAAGACUUCCAAACUGAAGCCUAAGGCCAAGGAGAGAUCCAUAAGAAUUAUAGUUACUCUGAUUGCUCAGGUACUCAUCUGCUUUGUACCCUUCCACAUUUGCUUUGCCUUCCUGAUGUUGCAAGAUGAAAAUACAAGUUACAAUCCCUGGGCAGCCUUUACCACCUUUCUCAUGAACCUCAGUACAUGCUUGGAUGUUAUACUGUACUACAUUGUUUCCAAACAAUUCCAGGCAAGAGUCAUCAGUGUAAUCCUUUAUCGCAAUUACCUUCGAAGCGUGCGCAGAAAAAGUUUUCGAACUGGAAGUGUAAGAUCACUCAAUAACAUGAACAGUGAAAUGAUAUAAAAAGAGAAAAAAUAUCAAGGGACUUUCACAAUGUAAACAAGGGAUUCUUUUCUAAAUUCUAGCACUUGGCUACACAGCAGGAUGCUAUAUAAGCAAAGGUGACAGAUAUAUUUGAUGCAUUGUAAAUAUGACAAAAGCAGAAUAAUAAUUGCACCUCUUUUUAUUUGCUCAACAUCUUUUGUUGUUUCACCUGAAAUGAACUAAAACAUAGCAUCAGUGUUAAAAUUUCCAAUGCUUUUAUCACCUCAAACAAUUGUGAAUAUUGUCAUAUGUGAAACUGACUAUUAAUAUAAUAUUAAUAAACAACACUGAAGAAUUA